GCUGCGGGGUUUUGCCAAGCCUGGCCACCACCUGAAGGCGGGGCCGCUGGGCCUGUAGCAGCUGGAAAACUCUCACCCUACGGCAGGAAGUUGGGCGUGUGGCUUCCGGCGCGCGUAGAUGACGUGCGGCUGGGGCUUCCGCGUUGGGGAGCAGGCAGUGGAAUCCCAGACACUGAAGGCUGAAGUCCCGGCAGCGGGGCGGCCUGCGGGCCCAGGACUGCGAUGCACCGCCGAGGGGUGGGAGCCGGCGCCAUCGCCAAGAAGAAGCUUGCCGAGGCCAAAUAUAAGGAGAGAGGGACUGUCUUGGCAGAGGACCAGCUGGCCCAGAUGUCGAAGCAGUUGGACAUGUUCAAGACCAACCUGGAGGAAUUUGCCAGCAAGCACAAGCAGGAGAUCCGGAAGAAUCCUGAGUUCCGUGUGCAGUUCCAGGACAUGUGUGCGACCAUUGGGGUGGAUCCUCUGGCCUCUGGAAAAGGAUUUUGGUCUGAGAUGCUAGGUGUGGGGGACUUCUAUUAUGAAUUGGGUGUCCAGAUUAUUGAAGUCUGCCUGGCGCUAAAGCACCGGAAUGGAGGUCUGAUAACUCUGGAGGAACUACAUCAACAAGUGUUAAAAGGAAGGGGCAAAUUCGCCCAGGAUGUCAGCCAAGACGACCUGAUCAGGGCCAUCAAGAAACUAAAGGCACUUGGCACUGGCUUCGGCAUCAUCCCUGUGGGUGGUACUUACCUCAUUCAGUCUGUUCCAGCUGAGCUCAAUAUGGAUCACACCGUGGUGCUGCAGCUGGCAGAGAAAAAUGGCUACGUGACUGUCAGCGAAAUCAAAGCUAGUCUUAAAUGGGAGACUGAGCGAGCACGGCAAGUGCUGGAACACCUGCUGAAGGAAGGGCUGGCCUGGCUGGACUUACAGGCCCCAGGAGAGGCCCACUACUGGCUGCCAGCUCUCUUCACUGACCUCUACUCCCAGGAGAUUACAGCUGAGGAGGCCAGAGAAGCCCUCCCCUGACUGAGACUGGAAUGGCACACAAUAGCAGGCAGGGAGAAGAGGGAAGACCUAUUGGUGAAUAAACCUGGACAAUUUUGUUUAUAUAAAAAAAAAAAAAAUUAGAAAAAAGAUACCAAGUUUUUCUUUCUUCUCCCAAUAUUUUAUUUUCCCAAAGUGUCUUCAUAUUGCAUUUUUAUUGGAGAAAAUCUCAUUUAUCCAGUAAAGAUAACUUGAGUAACACAGGUAACUGUAAGCCAGAUAUAAAAUGACUUGUGCAGAUCAUCCACACAUUCAUGGAAGCACUGGGCCUAGAAUGCUGUCUCUGGGCCUGUCUAGUUUCUCUGUGGCUGUGAGACAAAUUACAGCCUCUGCUAAUUCAGACCUCUUAUAAAAUAUUGAUCUCAA